AUGUUACAGAGUCAGUGGCCUUCAGUUUUGCCUAAUAUUGUACUUGAAGGAUCAAGCCAUGCUCCUACUGGUGUUUUCCAGUGGUUGGAUGAUGAUAACUCCAAGACAUUCUAUGCAAUGGUUGAUGUCGAAUACCAUUUACCCUCACCUUUUGUGCCAACAAGGCAAUUCCGUUUCUUGAGAUGCCUAAAGAUGAUUCCACCAGGUGUGUGGGUGAUUGUUGAUUUGUCGGAAGAUUAUUUCCCUCAUACACCUGAUUCUCCAAUGAAGAAUCGAAGGAGGCCUUCUGGGAUGAUAAUCAGGACGCAUGAUGAUUCUUGUGAGGUUAUAUGGAUUGAGAGCGUGGAAGUGGAGACAUGUCUAGAUCAAAACAAUAUAUUCUCAACUAUGGUAAAUUCAAACCUGGCAUUCUGUGCAAAGCGAUGGGUUAGUACAUUUCUACAGAGGUUGAAGCGAAGUGUUAGUUCAUUUACCAAUCUUAAGAUACAAGUGGACCACCAAGCUCAAGCUAUUAUGCUGAAAUUAACCGACCGCAUGGAGAUGAUCUUUUUUAAUUGUGUUAGUGAAGCUCCCAGUGGAUAUAGAUGGGAUAUUAUAUCAGACCAAGGGGUGAGGAUUUUGAGGGAUAAAGCUGUAUACAAUUCACAUGUGCUGGGUUAUAAUACUUAUGUUGGAUUGACUAGCUUCCGUGUGCCAGCAAAACCCCUUAGGGUUUUCAAUUUUCUGGUCAAAAGGAACCUUGAAUUGCUGUGGCCUAGUUUGUUAAAUGCCAAAGAACCUGAAGAAGUGAUUAAGCUUGUGGCAGAAGACAGUAACUGUAUUACUUUACAUAGGAAAGUAGUUCCUCAAAAUGAGUCCACAGAGUGUUAUGAAUACAUGUUACAAGAGGCUUCGAAAGAGGAAUUUUGUUCUUUUGUUAUCUCAUCGCCAAUAACUCAAUCAGAUAUUAAAGCUGCUUUUUCCUCUGCAAUGAUCACUAAAUACUUAAAACCAUCAGGUUUCGCAAUAAUGCCUGAUGGGUCAAAGGGCCUUGAGUCUGAUGCCUCUCUAGUGACUAUUGCUGUGCAACAAGAUCUUGAUGCUGCAGAAAAUGGUGGAGCCAUUGAAGCCAUGAAUAAUGUCAUCAUUGCUAUGAUUAAAGAGAUAAAUGAAGAAGUCAUGAGCGAUGGAAAAACACCAAGUCAAAGUUAGGACUCCAUCAAUCUUGAAACGAGUCAAAGUCGUUGUAUAGUUUUGAUGUGCUCAGUUUUGCAAUUCUUAUAGUCUCAAUUUUACAUCAUAAUACAUUGCUAGUUGUACAGUGAUGAAACUGACUAAGCAGUUUACAUUAGGUUUUGCGGUUGGCUUAGUAAUGGGAAGCUUGCUUUACUUAUGUUGAGGCAAGUUUGAUUUACUAGGUGAAUCGAAUGGCUACAUUUUUUCUGUAAUUGCGUUGUUCAGGACAAUGGCUAUAGCUGUUAUUGGAUCUUUUGCUUAGGUUAGUUAAUAUUUAAGACCAUGGAUUCUUUAUAUGAUCCAAACUCUUUAUUAUAAAGUGUUUAUCCAUAGAAAUAAGAAUCAAACAAACUCUUUAUUC